AUGGCUACUGAUAUAGCUCAAGCUACAGAAAAGCUUAGUAUCGCUGAAACCGUCUUUGUCGACGAAGUUGCUGGUUGCGACACCAAUGGCAACGGUACAGAAGCUGCCCCCUUCAAAACUGUCAUUAAGGCUCUUGAAGUCAAGGGCGAUAACAUUAAGGUUCAAAUCAAAAAGGACGCUGAAGGAUUCAAGGACAUUUCUGGCGCUGCUUUGAAGAAGGCCAAGAAAUCGCUUGCUGAACAACAAAAGAAGGCAAAGAAGCUCCAGGAACAAAAGUCAAAGCAAGAUGCUGAUUUGAAAAAGAAGCAAGAAGAUGAAGCCAAGGCUCUUGAGUACGCUAAGUCUGUCGUUCUCACCGAAGACAAAUCUCUUCCUGAGGCUCAACAAAUCAAAAUCCGUCAAGCUGUUGCCAGCAGAGGUAAGCGUGUCAAGGUCUCCGGUUGGGUUCAUCGUCUCCGUGUCCAAGGUAAGGACAUGAUGUUCAUCAUCCUCCGUGAUGGCUCCGGUUACUUGCAAUGUGUUUUGACCGGUAAAUUGUGUCACUCUUUGGAUGCUGUUACUCUCACCAUUGAAUCCACUAUUACUGUUUGGGGUGUCAUCAACGAACUCCCUGAAGGCAAGACUGCUCCUGACCACCAUGAGUUGGUUGCCGAUUACUGGGAAAUCGUUGGUAAGGCUCCUAGCGGUGAUGAUGCCUUCAACAACAAGGUAACUCCUGAUGCCGAUCCUUACUAUCUCUUGGAUAACCGCCAUCUUGUCCUUCGUGGUGAGACCGCCUCCGCUGUCCUCAGAGCUAGAGCUGAAGUCAUCAAGGCUUUCCGUGCUUUCUAUGACGAGGAACACUUUACCGAGGUCACUCCUCCUUGUAUGGUCCAAACUCAAGUUGAGGGUGGUUCCACAUUGUUUGCUUUCAACUACUAUGGCGAGAACGCUUAUUUGACUCAAUCUUCUCAACUUUAUCUCGAGACAUGUCUUCCUUCUCUUGGUGAUGUUUUUUGUCUUGCCGAAUCUUAUCGUGCUGAAAAGUCUCACACUCGUAGACAUUUAUCUGAAUACUCUCACUUGGAAGCUGAGAUGGCUUUCAUUAAGUUUGACGAUUUGUUGGACCAUCUUGAGAACAUGAUGUGCUUUGUCAUUGAUCGUGUCUUGGCCGAUGAGGAAACCUCCAAGUUGGUCAAGCAAUUGAACCCUGAUUUCAAGAAGCCCGCUCGUCCUUUCCUCCGCAUGAAGUAUGAAGAUGCCAUUACUUACUUGAAGGAGAACGAAAUCAAGAAGGAAGAUGGUUCUUACUAUCAAUUUGGUGAGGAUAUUCCUGAAGCUCCUGAGCGCGCCAUGACUGACAAGAUUGGUCGCCCUAUCUUCCUCACUCAUUUCCCUGCUGAGAUCAAGGCUUUCUACAUGCAAAAAGUUCCCUCUGACAGACGUGUCACUGAGAGUGUUGAUGUCUUGAUGCCUGGUGUUGGUGAAAUUGUUGGUGGUAGUAUGAGAAUGGACAACAGAGAGGAAUUAUUGGAAGCAUAUGGUACUGCUGGCAUUGACCCUGCUCCUUACUACUGGUACACUGAUCAACGCAAGUAUGGUACUACUCCUCACGGUGGUUACGGUCUUGGUGUUGAGCGUUUCCUUGCUUGGCUUCUCAACCGUUAUACUGUUCGUGAUUGCAGUCUCUAUCCUCGCUUCACUGGCAGAUGUACUCCUUAA